AUGAUCAGCCUGAAUGUAACGUUAGGGACUAGAACGGGUCGUCUUCUUGAGCCAUCUGUUUACAGGCUGUUGCAUCAAGAGAAGAAAUCAAGGAUGGUUUUAGUGCAUGUUGGAUAUCUGGUUCUUCCCGUUUUUGGCUCAGUAAGAAAUAGAGGAUCCCAUUUUAACAGGCAUCAGCAGAGCCAUGCUACCUCUUGCCGGCAUUUCCACUUAGGCCCACAGGCUCAGAUUCCCCUUGAUUUUCCCAUGCCCCACCCAGGACAGUCUCAGCCAGGCCUGGCCCCCCACCUGGCCCCCGGUCCCCACCAGCAGUCCCCGCAGCUCCAUGCGCCUCUGAACCCCCUCCCCCCGCCCCCGCCUCCUCAGUUCCAAGAGCUCCAAGGACCCCCCUUCCUACCUCAGGCCUUACACCAGCAAUACCUCAUCCAGCAGCAGCUUCUGGAGGCCCAGCAGCGCCGGAUCCUCCCCCACACCAGGCACGCCCAGGAGAGAGCACCGCACCACCCCCAGCCUCUGCGGACAGGGUACGACUACACACCAUCCUUGCACGUCCCGCAGCCAAUGACCCAGCAGCCUCGCUACCUGGCCGAGGGAACAGACUGGGACCUGAGUGUGGACACCAGCCUCUCUGCCCAUCAGUACCACAUCCCGCCCCUGCCCCAGCCCUACCAGCACUAUCUCACCUCGCCCCGCCUCCACCACUUCCCCAGGAACACCUCCUCCGCCCAAGUGGUUGUUCAUGAAAUCAGAAACUACCCGUACCCACAGCUCCACCUGCUGGCCCUGCAGAGCCUGAACCCCUCACGGCAUGCCUCCGCUGUGCGGGAGAGCUACGAGGAGCUUCUACAGCUGGAGGAUAGGCUGGGUAGUGUGAACAGAGGCGCUGUACAGACCACCAUCGAGAGGUUUACAUUUCCUCACAAAUACAAAAAGAGAAGACCACAGGAGCUGAAACUAGGAUUUGAUGAAGAAGAGCUGGAAACAGAUGAAAAAUGCACAAUAUGUCUGUCGAUGAUGGAGGACGGAGAGGAUGUCAGGAGAUUACCCUGCAUGCAUCUCUUCCACCAGGCCUGUGUGGACCAGUGGCUGGUCACCAGUAAAAAGUGCCCUAUCUGCAGGGUGGACAUUGAGACCCAGCUGACGCCUGACAGCUGAUGUCUUGUGUAGCUUUCUGUCUGCCGGCCCUGUCCCCCCGUUCUGUUCUUUCUUCCUCUCUGGGUGCUUCGCCAAAACCCUCACCAUCCUCCUCCUCCUCACCUCCUCCUCCUCCUCCUCUCCGAUCUUGCCUUCUGAGCCAGCUGAAGACUAUAGGUGGGGAGGAGCAACGUGUUCCGUCGGAAACCAUUAGUUUGAAGAAGAAGGGGGAAAAAAAAGGAAAAGAAAAGAAAGGAUGGACAGCAUGGAAAGAAGAGAGAAUCGAUCUGCAUGACGUCAAAGUCGGAUAUAGGAAUCUGUCAAGUUGCCCAAGGGUUUGUGUUCUAUUUAGUCAACCAGAGAUUACAGUGCCAUUGGUCCAAAUGUCCCAGCAUGCAUCUGUAGUGUUGUCAGAAUUGUACAGUGCAUAUACCUCCCAAUUUCUCCCAGGCUGUUCCUCUCAGAAGAGAACCAAAAGCUGUAGCUCUCUCUCUCUCUCUCUCUCUCUCUCUCUCUCUCUCUCUUUUCUCUUGCACUCUAUAUAUCUUUUUUUAAAUGUUAACUGUUAAACCAACAUGACACAUUUGCAAUGCUGCUAUUAUUUUGGAAUCUAGAAAUCAUUUCUCCAAGUGUUGCAUUUGCUUGUGGUGACUGGGAGUAGAGCCUACAUGUUUCUAAUUUGAUGUAGAUGUACUGUGCGUCGUGGAACCGAGAGGAACAGGAGGACACUAGGGAACAUUCAGGAGAUGCUUGGUGAUUUUUACGUUUCGAUAUCAUUUCUAAAGUCAUUUAGAUUUUUUUUUUUUUUUUUUUUUUUUUUGUCUGUUCGGGGAGAUGAUGGAUUCAUGUAACGGUGUCCAUGGCGACCAGACAUAGAGCUGAGGCGAGCCAACCUGUCUUUAGUGCUUGUGCAAAGACUCCAAACGCAUGCAUAGUAGGAGGUCAGGGCGUCGUGUCGUGAAUGUGAAAGGAGGGGUGGUUCUUAGUGGUCGCGUCAGAAAGGUUUGAAAAUCCUCCUUCCAAAAAUAAUAGAAAAAAAAAAACAAAUAAAAAAAAAAAAAACAACAAAACACAAAUAAGCAAAAAGCAUAAUGAAAUGUUGAAUAACAUUCAAUCACUGUUUCUGGGUGGGUGACGGGAUACGUAGACGGAGGAGUGCGUCCGUGUUUGUAGCGAGAACAAACCCAUGAGUGUUAAAUCCCUUUUUGUGAUUGACCAUACCUUGUUGCCUAGAGGACAAGCACAUGUGAUUUUAACAUAGCAACAACCUACUUCACCUGUAUGCGUUAGCACUGUCAGCGUCUGGUAUUGCUUGAACCUUUGUGUAGACCAUUAGCAGUGGAAACAGGUCCCAUCUGUGUGCAUGACAGUUGUGCGUGCCGUUCUUGAAGUAGAUUUAAAGUUUAAAAAAAGG